AUGACUAACGAAGAAAAGAAAACAUCAAGUGAAGACAUUUUAAAUAAAAAGUGGGAUCUUUGCUUGUCUAACUUAUUAGUAAAAUCCGGAAUUGGACUGAGCGUAGGAAUUGUAGCUUCCGCUUUAAUAUUUAAAAAAAAAUCUUGGCCGAUUGCGAUGUCAACAGGCUUUGGUAUUGGUGUUGCUUAUGCAGAUUGUCAAAGGACUUUUAAUCCAACUGCGAUACCCGGUGUAAAAAUAAUUAAGCCACCACCAUCAUAA